UGCUCUCUCUUUUACUCAAACCAUACCCUUGACUUAGGUCACUUUCCCUUCUUCUACAAUUCAAUAAGCAGCAGUUUACAAAAAUGGCCACUAAUUGGACAACAAAGCAAAACAAGAGGUUCGAGGAGGCUUUGGUCAUGUACGACAAGGGCACUAGUUCUGAAAGAUUGCAAAACAUAGCCAAAUAUGUUGGUGGGAAAUCAGUAGAGGAAGUUAGAAGGCAUUAUGAGCUCCUUGUUAAGGAUAUAACCCAAAUUGAAAAUGGUCAAGUCCCUUUGCCUAAUUACAGGACUAAUACUGCACCAGAAACCAAUGCUAGAGGAGGAUAUCCUAAUGAACAGAGGCUUCUGAAGAAUCUAUCCCUACAGUGAGAAGAAACUUGGACUGAUCAUACUCAACAGUCAACACCAUAUAUCUAAAUAUCUGUAUAAAAUUCCAAAAAUCUGGAUCCUUAAUUGUAAAUUCAUGUUUAAGCGUUUUCUGUCUUCUGUUUUAAUUAAAUUGUUGCCCAAUUAAGAGAGAAGGAAAUCAUGUGUAACUUCUGUCUUUCAAGUUUCAGCUACGUACCUUUGUUCCUGUUUAAGCUAUAUAAAUUGAGAUUUUCUAGCA